AUGAGCCCCGUAAAAUUAGAAGGAUACGAGUUUUUCAAUAAAACUCUCAAAUCACCAAAGACAAUCUUGGCUCCUAUGGUCGAUCAGUCUGAAUUGGCCUUUCGCAUUUUGACCAAACGGUAUGGAUGCGACGUUUGUUUUACUCCAAUGCUUCACGCCAGACUUUUUUCUGAAUCCAAAAAGUAUCGUGAUGAGUUUUUUACCACAAACAAAGAAGAUAGACCACUUGUUGUUCAAUUUUGCGCGAACGAUCCUGACAUUCUAUUGAAUGCAGCUAAGCUUGUUGAAGAUGACUGUGAUGCUGUAGAUCUUAAUUUGGGCUGUCCACAACAUAUUGCUAAGAGAGGCUUUUACGGCUCUUAUUUACAGGAUGAAUGGGAAUUGAUUGCUAAAAUGGUAAGCCUCUUGCACAAGGAAUUGGCUGUACCUGUUACUGUCAAGAUUCGCUGCUUUUCUUCUGUUGAAAAAACAGUUGAAUAUGCCAAAAUGAUAGAAGCAGCUGGCGCUCAGAUGUUGACUGUGCAUGGGCGUUUGAGAGAACAAAAGGGCCAUAACACAGGAUUGGCAGAUUGGACGAAAAUUAAGGCUGUCAAAGAAGCUGUCAAAAUUCCUGUGGUGGCCAACGGCAACAUUCUGUAUUACGAAGAUUUCCAACGGUGUAUGGACUUUACCGGAUGUGAUGCUGUUAUGACGGCAGAAGGAAGUCUGUACAAUCCAGCUAUUUUUUCAAAAGACAUGAAAUUACCACCUUUGGCUAUUGAUAUGGCUCAAGAAUAUUUGGAUAUUUGUAAAGACGUCAAGACAAUCGGUAGUGCCAUCAAGGGACAUUUAUUUAAAAUUCUACAUUCAACUUUACCUCACCACACAGAAAUGAGAGCAAGGCUAGGAAAAGCACGUACAUUAGACGAAUACGAUAGUAUUGUCAAAGAUCUUAGAGUGGCGGUUAUGAAAGAUAUAGAAGAGAAAGGUGAAGGGGAGGACGUUCAAGGACAAGCAGAUGAAAAUGGUAUUCGUAAGUAUGCCUAUUGGAGAUGUCAGCCCUAUUUCAGACCAAAAUUACCUGCAAAUAAUGGGAACAACAACAACAAUCAACAACAAGUUAAAAAGCGAACUGGCGAGACGAAAGAAAAUGACAAUUCCAAAAAAGUGAAGCAAGAUUCGCAGAAAGAAGAAGAAAACGUUGCUAAAUUAGAUGCAAUACCUCUCAGUGCGGCAGCCACAAAUACUACUGGCACUACUACUACCCCCACAGAAAAUUAG